UGCAUGUACCAGUGAAUGGAAGCCACCACUAAAGCAAAUUCCCCUGUUUUACAUAUCUUUUGAUGUGGGGCAUUGAUGGCAUAUCUAAACACAUGUGUCAGGUAGCCUAGUCACCAGCUAUGUACUGUUUAUCAAGACUGUGACAUAUUCAAGUACAUUAACCCAAGGAAGCAUACUUGAAAACUUUCACAAACUCUCAAUCAAGUCUUCUUCGUCUCUCGUCCCAGUGUGCAUCAAAUUCCAAUUGCACAUCUGUGAUUAAAUCAGAUUACAAUGUGAGAGCAGUAACUAAAUGCAUAUGGCCAGGAUGCCGUCAGCUUCUUCAUUACCUGUGUAUAAAAUGUCAGUGACAAGUAGUGCAUCUAUCUCAUCAUUGUCCUCGUAUGAUAAAGGUGAACAAUCUGCCAAAAUUAGUGGAAGUAGGUCGGCAACUGUGAUGGAGAAUGGCCUUGAUGAUGAUGAUGAAAGACAGACGAGGACUUCAUCCUCCUCUUCAAAUCAAAGACAAAAAAAAACAAAACGAAAGAAACUUCCCAUCAUGAUUAACCUAUCUGGUACUAAAUAUGAAAUUGUGAGGACUGUUUCAGAACAAUUUGGUAUUAUAACUUCCAAAGAAGAUGAUCAAAACAGUUUUCUAUAUUGGAGUGAUAGUUUUGUUUCGUCAGAAAGAAUUGUAGAUUUAAAACCUUAUCAGAGAAUUAACCACUUUCCAGGAAUGGGGGAAAUAUGUCGGAAAGACUGUCUAGCAAGGAAUAUUACAAAAAUUGGUAAAGCGCACCCCGAGGAGUAUAACUUCUCUCCUCGUACAUGGAUCUUGCCGUCAGAAUACAACACAUUCCAGUGUUAUGUCAGGGAUCUUAAGAAAAAGAAGAAACACAAAACAUUUAUAUGUAAACCUGCCAAUGGUGCCAUGGGAAAUGGAAUUUCAAUUUUCAGGAAUGGUGAGAAGAUACCACAACAUGACCAUAUGAUAAUACAGGAGUAUUUAGACAAACCUUUUCUAAUUGACGGUUAUAAGUUUGAUCUACGUGUGUAUGUACUUGUUACGUCAUGUGACCCACUUAGGAUAUUCUUAUACAAUGAUGGAUUGGUGAGGUUGAGUACAGAGAAAUAUUGUCACCCGACCGAGUCAAAUGUGGACCAACUUUUCAUGCAUUUAACCAACUACUCAGUCAAUAAGAAGAGUGACAAUUUUGAAAAAACAGAUGAUGUCGACAGCGGAAGCAAAAGAUCCAUCAAAUUUCUGAAUGACUUUCUGAGAAAGAAUGACUUUGAUGUAGCAGCACUUUGGAAAAGUAUUGCUGAUGUUAUUAUAAAAACGAUGGUUGUAGCAGAACCACAUGUACUUCAUGCAUAUCGUAUGUGUCGUCCUGGUCAGCCUCCCGGCAGUGACAGUGUCUGUUUUGAAAUAUUAGGGUUUGAUAUAUUGUUGGAUCGUAAACUUAAACCAUGGCUGCUAGAGAUCAAUCGAUCUCCAAGUUUUGGUACGGAUCAGAAGAUAGACCAAGAGAUCAAAGGCGGUUUGUUGGAAGACACGUUACGGUUACUCAAUAUCAAACCAUCAGAUAGACGGAGAGGAUUGGCUGCACAGAAACUAGAAUCACAAAAACGGUUGCUAAGGCCAACACGGCGAUCAGAAACAGAGUUGACAGACCUUGAUAAGAAAAGAGUGAUAGUAGAAAAACGGCGAGAUGAAUUGAAAGAGAGGCUUGCGCAAGUAAGACGAGAGAAUGCUCGUGAGGAGUACGAAAAUCGCAAUAUGGGAAGAUUUCGACGAGUUUUUCCACCCACAGAUAAAUUUACUAUUGAGCGAUAUACUGGGUUAUUAGCAGACGCUUUUCAGCUGUUUCUCUCUGGUAGAGCGGCUUCAUUGCAGAAAGAAGUUACAAGAGCUUUUCGUCAACUCCGGGAGGAUGAAAUCCUGGAUAUGUUACAGCAAUGUGAGCUGGACGGCACAGACUACCGAGACGGCAAAUUAGUACCACGGGGACCCAAGCCUCUCUCUUCCAUGCCAAGUGCGGCAGAUUCCAUGAACAAUGAAAUGUCUGAACUAACACCACCAGAGUCACCUGUUGAUGAUUUGCGUAAUGGCAGAACACCGUCUCGCUCACAUGGAGCUAUGAGUAGACAUACACGACCACUCUCUGCACAGAGACCAUCAACAAGGCCUUAUUCAGGUCCAAGAUCAAGGUCACUUACCAGGCCGUUGUCAUCCACAAAUCACAUAACAUCUGUUGGAUCUCUCAAUCCUGUUGUGGAUGAGGCUUUUAUUACUGCAGCCGUGAAAGAGAGAGAAGAAGAGAUGACAAAGAGAACCUUAAUUGCUCUCAGCGAUAUGAGAAUUAAAUUUCCAGGAAAAACUGAUGAAGAAGCUGAAUUAAUUUUACAACAGUUACAAGACAACUGGAAGUUUCACAAGCCAAGAAUUGCAUCUUACUGGCUGGUAAAACUUGAUUCAAUAAAAAGAAGAAAAGUGGUCGACAUCGUCCGAUCCAAUGUUAGAGCUGUACUACAACGUACAUGGAGAUCCAGUGAUGUGGAUGGAUUACGACUUUAUCGUAUUUUCAACCGUGUAUUUAAUCGUUUGCUGUGGAGCCAUGGUCAAGGGUUAUGGAAUUGUUUUUCAACCUCAGGAAACUCCUGGGAGACUAUCUUCAGUAAAAGUACUGACGUGAUAUCAUCUUCUGAGAUGAGCUGUUGUCGACGGAUCGUCCAGUUGUGUCGUGACUGUCUUCUUAUUGUUUACCAGUUUGCAUCAGAAGCCAAGAAUUCGGCUGUCACUCAGAGUGAUGGACCGUCACCUAGUCGAGCUAUGUCAAUACGUCCAAACAGACCCAGCAGUUUAUCAUCAUCUACUUACUCAUCAUUAUCACAUCAAACAACUAUGAGUCCAGUCAGUCAAAGAAUGUCUCGUCUUUACAACAACCACAGAUCUGUACUUGAUGCAUGAUAUGGUCAUGGUGGUGGUGGUCAUCUUCUUAUAUCAUGCCUGCUACUUUCGCCUCUGUGCUUACUCAAAUAAUCAAUCAUGUCACAGCAACCAUGCUUUCAUAUUUAAUAACAGACGAACAGACCAGACAUGUGGACACCUCAAGUACAAACAGAACAGACAUUUGGACACCUCGUGUACAAACAUACCUGACAUGUGGAUACCUCAAGUACAAACAUACCUGACAUGUGGACACAUGUACAAACAGAUCAAACAUUUGGACACCUCAUGUACAAACAUACCAGACAUGUGGAAACCUCAAGUACAAACAUACCUGACAUGUGAACACCUCAUGUACAAACAUACCUGAUAUGUGGACACCUCAUGUGUAAACAGACCAGACCAGACAUGUGGACACCUCAUGUACAAACAGACCAGACAUGUGGACACCUCAUGUACAAACAGACCAGACAUGUGGACACCUGCACAAACAGACCAGACAUGUGGACACCUCAUGUACAAACAGACCAGACAUGUGGACACCUCAUGUACAAGCAUACCAGACAUGUGGACACCUGCAUAAACAGACCAGACAUGUGGACACCUCAUGUACAAACAGACCAGACAUGUGGACACCUCAUGUACAAACAUACCUGAUAUGUGGACACCUCAUGUGUAAACAGACCAGACCAGACAU